AUGUCUGGCCCCAGGAACAACCUAGAAGAUCUGAGGCUGAGACGUGUCAACGGGGCGACGGCACCACAAAGUCCAGCUAAUCGCAAUGUUCACGACCAGCAAAAGGCUUCCAAAUUCAAGCCUUCCACAUCGUUCAACACACCAGAGCAGGUCACGAACCGGAAAUUGAAGAACCCACUCCCCUCUUUUUCGACACCUGGAUUUGGAAAGAGUAAACCUCUUCCACUUCAUUCGACAUUUCCUGCGGACAACACUAUCGUUGUCGACGUCUCUUCGGCUGAAUCCAGUCCGACUGGGCCGUCCGUGACAAGGGUACCCGCCAAGAGAUUGUCCUCCGAUUUUCCUGUGGAUUUUGAGAUGAUUGGUAGUGCAAAACGCGUCAAGAUAGACGAGAAGUUGGACAAAGAGAAUGUCUUCGCAUCAAGUCCCAAGGACAAAGGCAAAGACAAGGACCAUCCACCAACUCUCGGAACUCGCGGUAACGCAGGCAUACGAUUGGAUCACCUUUCCUACGAAACCCAGAAAGAUUCCAUUCUCACAUCUCCACUCAAUAUAGUACAGUCAUACCCGCUGAAUUGGUCGGACCUGUUGUUGAAAUCUGAGGACGAGCUCAAUAUGGCAUUAAAUAGUAAUAUCACGAGACGCAACGAGAUUUCUGAAUGGAUCAGACAGGCCAGCUCCGGACCCAAUUCUGGUCACGAUGUUGGCAUGUUACUGGAUUUCGAUAAGAUUCUUGAGUAUCGCAUCAAGAUUAUCAUGGCCAUCCGCACGUCCUUGAGCAAAGGCGAGCGGCCAAUAAUACCCGAUCCAGCAUGGUUGCCUACACCGCCUUCGCAUAACCCAUAUAGCGUGAAGCCCAGGUCGUCAUUGUACUUUUCGGCUCAAGAACCGGUCAAGACAUCGACGGAAGUCGUCGCUAGUACUUCAAGAUCUAAAGUGGUAUAUGAUGACACUAAUGACUAUCCGCGGGCAAUGUCUCUACCAGAUGAUGGAUCGAUGCAAAUGGUCGCUGCACAUGGGGCAACCGCAAAGGGACCCUCAUUACCUGUGCCUCGCUCUGUGACGCUGUCGCUUUCGCCAGAGCCCGCCGUUGUGCAUAACAGCAAUUUGACGAAAUCGAUAUAUUACCCGGAGGUCUUGGAUAAGCUUCAACGGUGCUUUGGCCUUACAUCCUUCCGGAAAAAUCAACUUGAGACUAUCAUUGCAACUAUGACUGGACGUGAUACACUUGUUCUUAUGCCCACUGGUGGUGGCAAGAGUCUCUGUUACCAACUUCCUGCGAUCUGCACAUCUGGGGUGACACGAGGCGUUACGGUUGUUAUAAGCCCUCUUCUGGCGCUCAUGCAGGAUCAGGUCGAACAGCUGAAUCGCAAGGGUAUUGAUGUGCUAUACUUUAAUUCUGAUCAAGACAGAGAGGAAUCCGCGCGAGUAGCAUCUCAUCUGCGCGCAUACGGUACGGGAAACAAGCCCUUGAUUGUUUAUGCAACGCCGGAGAAGUUGCAACAUAGCGGGGAAUUUUUGUCGAUUUUGAAAGGAUUGUACUCAAAAGGCUUGUUGGCGCGAUUUCCAAUAGAUGAAGCUCAUUGUAUUGUCAAAUGGGGUAGAGACUUUCGUGAAGCGUAUAAGCUCCUUGGACGAUUGCGCGAUGAAUUCCCCAAGAUUCCUAUAAUGGCUCUCACCGCAACGGCGACUGAGCAGGUUAAAACUGAUAUCAUUCGUCUCCUCAAGAUUAAGGACUGCGAGAUUCUCUGGCAAUCAAUGAAUCGACAGAACCUGUUUUAUGAAAUCCGAUCAAAGAAGGGCUACAUCAAGGAUAUGGUGGAUUUUAUUGUCACGCAACACUCGAAUGAGACUGGUAUCAUCUAUUGUCAAAGUCGCAAAUCGUGUGAAGAACUGGCCAAGACCUUACGCGACCAAUAUCGUUUAGAUGCUUUGCAUUAUCAUGCUGGAAUGAUAUCAGCAGACCGGAAAGACGUUCAAGCACGCUGGCAAACCGGCAGAUGCAAGAUUAUCGUCGCGACGGUAGCCUUUGGAAUGGGUGUAGAUAAGCCUGACGUGCGAUUCGUGAUUCAUCGCGAUCUUCCGAACGACCUCGAUGGAUAUUACCAGGAGACAGGACGCGCGGGGAGAGAUGGGAAACCUGCCGAUUGUCUCUUAUAUUACUCCUAUGGCGAUGCUAUCAGCCGGCGAAGACAAAUCAGGGAUAAUAGGGACACCAAUCAUCAAGAGAAAUCGCACCAGGAAGAAGAAUUACAGCGGGUUGUGCAGUAUUGUCAGAACGACGUCGACUGCCGUCGGACGCAAGUGCUCGCCUAUUACAGCGAGCAAUUUGAUCAUCGGAAGUGUCACCUUGGCUGCGAUAACUGCAGCAACCCACAGGGUGUAGAACGGCACGAUGUCACGACCUUGGCGGUGCAAUUCAUCCAAUUCGCUCAAGCCAUCGUAGCUGGUGGGGAAAGGGUCACACGGAAUCAGUUCCUCGAUGCUGUCCGUGGUAGCACCAACAAAGCGAUCAAGGACAAAAACCUGCACCAGCACCCUCAUUUCGCAUGCGGCAAGGGUACAUCUCGUGAAUGUGCUGAACGACUGGUUGAUCGCCUAGAUGCCAUGGGCAUUUUUGACUCGGUGACUGUUCAAAAUGGUGAAUGGGGAUCGUCUUAUCUGCGGGUCACAGCCAAAGGAGACCACUUCAUCUCAAGAGGAGAACGGCUGACCAUCGAGAUGCGAGCGGGAACCAGCAAGCGGCCCACCACCAAUGCACUACAACGUUCGAAACGGCCAUCCUCUAAUGUGACGACCGCAGCCAAGUCUGCGAAUAAGCCUCCGCAAAUCCCCGACGAUCCCAUAGUAUCCUCUGGAGAUGACGAGGAAGAUUUCUGGCAAUCUGACGACGACAUUCAAUUCGUACCGAGCCCCAAGAAGGUCGCCGCCCGUCGGCCUCUCCCGGUGAUGGACGAAGAGUUCGAGAUCGAAUUCUCCGACAAGUCGGACGACGCCAACUUGCGCGCACAUAAGCGGGAGCUCGAACGGCUACGCCAGCAGAUAGCUGAUGAGGUAGGAGAGCUGAAUCCAGAAGAAAUCGUUGACAGCGGCUUGCUAGAAUAUUUGAGCCUCGUUGAUAUUGCAGACCUCAACGAUUUCAACAAAGCUCUCAUUGAAUUCGAAGUUGAUCCGCAAGGUCCCUUUAAGCUGUAUUCCAUGAGAUUCCUCGAUUGUUGUGUAAAGAAACAUGUCCAUAGACGGGGUUCCAAGGCAACGAAAGCAAAAUCCGCGGCUUCCAUAGGCGAAUUACACGAUAAAUUUGAUUAUCAGCGGACAAAGCCACCUUCGACAAAGCGACCGGGACGAUAG